UUCUCUACUAUCUGGUCCCGUCUUUUGCGGUGUCAGUGUUGUAGUAGUUGUGGGACCUGCCUUGAAGUUCAGGGACUUUUAACGCGGGCCAAAGUGCGACUCCUGCACAGAUCCGGACAGACAGCCAGGCAGACAGACAGACAGACAGACAGACAGCCAGCCAGGCAGUCAGGCAGUCAGUCCACCACCCCGCCGGUCUGCGCAUCCGUCCGUCAGGCUGCACUUCACCUGAGAGCCGGUUCAGACUCUGAAAUCACGCGAUGGAUUCCUGGACAAUCACCUCUGCUCUUCUCCUCGCUGGGUUUAUUUCCUCCGCAGCUUUAAAUCCUUUCGAAACCGAGUGUUACACUGCCAACGGAGAAGACUACAGGGGCUUCCAGAACCAGACCAGCCUGCAUGGAGGUAAACCCUGUCUCUUCUGGAAUGAGACCUUCCAGCACCCUUACAACACCCUCAAAUACCCCAACGGAGAGGGCGGUUUGGGCAGCCACAACUACUGCAGGAAUCCCGACGGGGAUGUUCAGCCGUGGUGCUACAUUGCUGAUCAUGAGGACGGGAUCUACUGGAGAUACUGUGACAUCCCUUCAUGCCAGAUGCCCGGAAACUUGGGCUGCUUCAAAGACAGCGGGGACCCGCCCACCCUGUCGGGAACCAGUGAGACCUCCAACAAACUCACCAUCCAAAACUGUAUCAGCUUCUGCAGGAAGCAGAGAUACAAGCUUGCUGGUAUGGAGUCAGGAUAUGCCUGUUUCUGUGGCAACGAGGUGGACCUGCGCGACCACGGCGAGUCCCCUAGCAUGGAGUGUAACCACGUUUGCUUCGGCGACCACACCCAGCCCUGCGGCGGAGACGGCUGGGUCAUCAUCUUCGACACCCGAGUAGGGGCCUGCGGUGGGAACUACACCUCGCCAUCAGGAGUGAUCUACUCCCCCGACUUCCCCGACAAGUACGGUGCCGGCCGCGUUUGUUACUGGACCGUCCAGGUCCCCGGAUCCUCCUCCAUCCUCUUCAACUUCACCUUCUUUGACAUCUCCGAUCAGACAGACAUGGUGGAGCUGCUGGACGGCUACACCAACCAGGUGGUGGCGCGCUUCGACUGGCGCAGCCCGCCGCGGGAGCUGGUGAACGUCACGGGCGACUUUGUCAUUCUCUACUUCUACUCAGACCGCACCAACCAGGCCCAGGGAUUCGCUCUGCUUUACCAAGCACUGAGGAGCCAAGACACCCGAACAAUGGAGGCUGAAGGAGACGACGAGGAUGAAGGAGAGGACGUCUCCAGCACGGCGGGGCCCCAAGUGGGUGCCGGCGUCACCGAGCGAUCCAACAGCACCUCCAACGGACGUUCCUCCCAGAUCCUUUACGUGAUCACGUCCAGCCCCGGUAAACCGGAGCACAACAUGCCAGGUCAGUGGGCUGGACGCGGCGAGACCACCGGCCACAGCGCUAUGUGGACCAUCUACGCUCUGGCUGCUCUGCUCAUACUGACUGUCAUAGCCAUGGUAGCGAAGCUGCUGCUGCACAUCACAGUCAAGUCCCCCAGCAUCCCAACAGUCAGCGGUUCAGACAGCUGCAGCCAGAGCACGGCGUCCUCUGAGCCCUGGAUCAUCCUGUACCGGCCCUCCACCAUCUCCCUCUUCAAGAAGAAGCUAAAGAACCACCACGGCGACCUCAGCCCCCUGGUGGGCAACUAGCGCCACUGCCGCGCUCUAACGUUAACCAAACGCUACCACCACCCACAGCUAUUCUGUACGAGGGCCAUCAGACGCCAGGCCCUCAGACAAUGAAACUCUAUGAGGCGCUGCGCUAACAAGCCAACAACUGAGUGGCUAAUGACAACUUACUGAGUGACUGCUACUAAAAUGGCCCAUGGGCCGGAGUGGCCGGGCCCUCCCAUCCUGCUCAGCACCAAAGAGGAGGGGGGACAGGCAGGGCUGUCAGUGAGCACAGUGUGGGAGAGGAGAGCAGAGGAAUGGACGGAGGAAGAUCUGCAGCUCUGACAAAGACACAAGGACGCUUUUAUCACGCAAGUUUCUCCUGUUCAGCAAGGCUCCAUUUCAGUCACCCGCGGAUGUCCCCAAAAAUCAACAUACCUCUGAAAACCCUUCCAGACUGCAGGCUCACCAGUGAAAACAAAGCACAGCCUGGUGCAGAAGUUCACUGGUCUGUGUUCAGUUUAGGAAACAGGGAGGUUUACCUCUUCCUGGUGCUUCAGUCACGUUGGCAAUCAAAUCUUCAUCAGUAUCAAGGAGAGGAUGAAGAAAUGGAGUAUGCAUACUCACAUGCUGUAACACUUCACAGCUUAACAGUUUUAUAUAACUCUGCCUCAUACGGACGAGGAACACUUGCAGCCAAAAACCAGAAUCCUCCCAUACAAAGAGUUGUGUAUUUAUUUGUCUUUUUGGUUCCGUAUGCAAAGUGCUAAUGUUUCUUUCUGAUGUGCUCUACGUGAAAACUAGCUUUCUGAGGGGAGGGGAAACGGGACGCGGAAACGUCAUGUGGAAGGUAGAUAUCACAGCACUUUGGGGGGAUGAAUCACUCGCCGUAAAACAGAAAGAUCAGAGGGAAAGAGAGCACGCUCGCCCACUCGCUCACUCAGUGCUCAUGUGGA